UAAUCAAAUUUAAAUUGUAAUUUGCACUUAUACAAAACUUUUUUAUCAUAAAUUGUGAUGACUUCUUGCUGUGGUAAUGAAUUGGUAUUUAAUACUGCAUUAAGCGAAGUAGUAUCCAGUAAUUUAGAUUUUAUUGCAAAUUUAGUACAGAACGAGUACAGUGCAUGUGUUAUCCUCGGUGCUCUCGGGCUUGCUAGUGCAAUUUUAGCAGCAUUUACUUUUAGGAACAGUGCAAAUAUCUCAAUUACGUGCAAGAAACAAUCCCAUUUUAUAAGAAAGUAAAAGUUAUGCAGUUUAUCGCAUUCUGCUGAGGCUACCAGAGCGGCGGUCGCUGCGACAGUCUCGAACGGGCAGGCGGGCGCCACCGACCCCGCCGUCGAAGAAGGCGCUAUGAAAGGAGUCGAGGCGACACCGGAAGAGCAGGAACGGUUAGCGACCGGAAAUAAUAAUGGUUCCCUCGUGUGCAAGCUGCCCGAGCCGGAGGAGCCGGACUCGUGUGCCGCGUUUCACUCGACGCGUAUCUUCAUGUUGGUGUUUCUCUCGGGCUGGGUGCUACAGGGAAUGUUCCUCACGUAUUUUGUGAGCGUAACGACGACCAUCGAGAAGCUGUUCAAAGUUGAGUCGAAGACAACGGGCACGCUGCUGGCCGCGACGGAGAUCGGGCAGAUAUGCACGGCGUUGUUUCUGACGUAUCUGGCGGGGCGCGGGCACCGGCCGCGCUGGAUUGCCUGCAUGAUGCUCGUGCUGGCGGUGGGUGUCAUCGGCUGCAUGAUGCCACACAUGGCCUACGGCACCGAACUGCUCGAGGUGCAUCUCGACUCGCACACUGCCGGCGCGGGACCCAUCUGCGCGCUCGACAAAAACUCCUCACUGAUCAAAUGUGACGACGCCCAAGUGCAAAGCACAAAAACUAGAUCCUCGAUCACGGCUGUCGUUAUACCGUGGCUAUUCAUCUGCUUGCUCGUGGUGGGUGUGGGACAAACCGGAAUCGCCACCCUGGGCAUUCCUUACGUCGACGAUAACGUGGGGAGCAGACAGUCGCCACUAUACAUGGCGAUUACCAUCGGUAUCAGAGUUAUCGGUCCAGCUCUUGGCUUUAUGCUGGGCGCCCUCUGUACAAGAGUGUACGUGGACCCUUUGGCAGAUCCUGGAUAUGAUAACACUGAUCCACGAUGGGUCGGCGCUUGGUGGUUAGGUAUGGUGGUGAUAGCGGGCUUCGUGGUGAUCCUGUCGAUCCUCAUGUUCUUCUUCCCGCGACAGAUCAAGCAGAGCCCGCAGCCGCUGCCGAGGAAGAAGAGUAAAGAGAAGAGCGAGCCAUUCUUUAAAGAUUUCUUCGCGACGAUAAAACGUCAGCUGACAAAUGACAUCCUGAUGUGGCGCACAGCGAGCUCGGUGUUGCACCUGAUGCCUAUCAGCGGGCUGGUCAGCUUCCUGCCCAAGUACCUGGAGAAGCAGUUCCGGCUGCCGACGCACGACGCCAACCUUGUCUCGGGUCUGGGUGGUAUCCUGAUAAUGGGUCUGGGCAUCAUAACAUCGGGUGUUGUGAUACUGAAGCUGGUACCGACGGCGCGUCAGGUCGCCGCCUGGACCGCAGCCUCCGCAGCCAUGUACAGUGCUGGUAUGGUGGUAUUGAUGUUUGUGAGUUGUCCCGAGGAGAGUUUCCGUAUGCUGAGUGAGAAUGGUGUCACCAGCAACUUGUCCUGCAGCGCCGCUUGCCACUGUGAUGGUGCACCAUACAGCCCCGUCUGCGGACAGGACUCGUUCACAUAUGUGUCGGCGUGUCAGGCGGGCUGCGAGUCAAGCCGACAGCUCGACAACUCCACCUGGCUCUACUACAACUGCUCCUGCAUCGAGGAUCACGAGCGAGGGGAGAAGGCUAUGGCUAUUCUCGAGCGGUACGCGAUGUUGAAUUCAUCUGAGGUGUUGGGUGGGAGUGGUGGGGGUUUGGCGGUGAGCGGGGAGUGCGGGGGUCCGUGUGCACAACUCUACGUCUUCGUGGCAAUCUUCGCCGCCGCCAUGUUCAUACAUGCCACCGGUGAGGUCGGAGCUGUGCUGCUCAUCAUACGAUGCACUGACAAACAUGACAAGGCGAUGGCGAUGGGCGUGAUCCAGUUUGCGAUAGGCGUGUUCGGCAACGUGCCGUGCCCCAUACUGUUCGGUGCGGCGGUGGACGCGGCGUGUCGGCUGAGAGACGCGGCUUGCGGACUGCUCGGCGCUUGCGCGUCUUAUGACAACGACAGUCUCAGACAUCUAUAUCUAGGUCUAGCGGCGGGGCUGAUGUUCCUCGCGUUCAUAAUGGACAUGCUGGUGUGGAGCAAAGCGGGCCGCAUCGACAUGAACCCCGCGGAGACGCCCGACGCCGCGCCCCUCGCCAGACCCCACGCCCCACACGAGCCCCACGCCCCACACGAGCCCCACGCACACCACGAACCCCUCGCACCACACGAACCCCACGCGGCCCCUGACACGCAGCUCUGACGUACGCACACCUACGAGUCACACUUUUGAACUAAUAUAACCUUUAAAUUGAAGGUAGUAAGGUCGAUUAUAACUUGCACAGUCCAACUAAAUGUGAAUUUAAAUUUGGAAUACUAUAGCCAAAAGCCUGGUUUACAUUAUGCCAGUACAGUGACAGUAGCGCUCAAAAUCAGUGCUGGCAGGCAAUUGACAUACUGUAAACAUUAACUGGCGCCAGUCAAUACUGUCCUAUACUGGCAUAAUUUAAAUCAAACAUAAUGCUAUUUUAAUUCUGACCAAACAAUGAGCCUAUAACAUGGGUUAUAUCUUGCACGGAGAUUUAAAAAUGCCAUCAAAAUGCUAACUAUUGUUUUUAGC